GGCCAGUAAAUAUUGAACUAACGUUUUAAUUUACAAAUUUGGUAACAAUUUUAAAGUUGAAUUUAUAAUCAGAAUGCCAUUCAAGAGAAGAAACGGCGGUAGGUCCAAGCACGCACGCGGCCGCGUUCGUCCCAUUCGCUGCAGCAACUGCGGUCGCUCCGUCCCAAAGGAUAAGGCCAUCAAGCGCUUCAACGUCAGAAACAUCGUAGAUGCCAGCUCACAAAGAGAUAUCAAGGAUGCCUGCGCAUACUCUGUCUUCAACCUACCAAAAUUGUACAUCAAGCAAUGCUACUGCGUAUCCUGCGCCAUUCACUCCAGAGUUGUUCGUGUACGCUCUGUAGAGGCUCGCAAGAUCCGUACCUAUGUACACCCAAGACCACUCCAAGUUAAGAUUAACCUUCCAAAUAAGGAUAAUUAGAACUUU